AUGACUCAUAAAUUAAUGCUAUACUACUUCUUGGUAGCACUGACAGCGCCACUCCUUGUACAAUGUAUAUCAGUGCUAGGUCCACAAGUGCUACGGCCCUUCAAUUCAUACACAGUAGCCAUAGCAGGGGGCUCCAGAGCAUAUACUCUGUAUGUAGCCGUGGAAGGACGACGAGCCAAUGGAGAGCAGUUCACAAAGGGGCGAGAAGUACAGGUCCCUGCUGCUGCCACCAGGCUUAUAGAACUUGAAAUCGGUGACCCUGGUCCGGGGCAGUACUCGCUGGUAGCGCGGUCAACCUCAGGCCCGCUAUUCUCCUCGUCGUCACCGUUGUUCUACCAACCGCGCAGUUUCGCCAUCUUCGUACAAACCGAUAAACGAGUCUACCAACCCAAAGACACCAUUAACUUUAGGGUCAUCGCCUUGGACAAGUACCUGCUGCCUCUGUCGACGACUGUGGACGUCAGUGUGCUGGAUACUGGCGGGGCUCCUAUAAAGCAGUGGGCGGGUGCUGAACUGGAUCGAGGAGUACUCACUGAGGAGUUGGUCUUAGCCGACGAGCCUGCGCUUGGAGAAUGGACUAUACAGGUGGAGGCCCGUGGGCAGAAAUACUCCCGCCGAGUGCUGGUGGCAGACUAUGUACAGCCAAGGUUCCAUAUGGAGAUGACCAUGCCCAAGGAAGUCUUGUUCACCGAUGGAAGAUUUGACAUCAACGUUACCGCUAAGCACUUCAAUGGACUUCCAGUUCGUGGUGAACUUACGAUAUCUGCGUACCCAGUUUUCUUCUCCGGGGUUCUACAACCCGUUGUCGCAGCACCCACAAGGAAAGUCGUGGACAUUAACGGUCAAGCGCAAAUUACAUUUGACCUCAAAACUGACCUAGACUUGGCCGAGGAUGCAGCGAGGCCGCUCGUCGUGGAAGCCGUUAUUGAAGAGAAAGAUACAUUGAUCAAACAGAAUAUUACGAAUAGAAUUCUUCUGUUGAGAACACCUUAUAGACUAAAAGUGACCGCUCCUAAUUACUUCAAGCCUACACUGCCUUAUAUCGUACAGAUUGAAGUAGUAGACCCAUCAGGGCAAGUGAUGCCUGCAGAAGGCGACGUCACAGUGGAGCGGCUAUGGGACGACGGGGCUCCAGUGAAUGUCACCACCGUCACUCUGAACAAAGGCAUCGCCACAUACUCCGUGGUACCUGAUAGAGCUCAUGUCAACUCUACGCUCAACUUAGUGGUAAAAUACAAGGAAGUCACAGAACGCAUAGUGAACGUGCAAAGAAGCGAAUAUUCGUUCGGUCAGUUCUUGACGGCGGAGAUACUUACACGCGGCACUGGUGUCGGAGGCGAGAUGCGUGCGCGCAUCACUGCCACCGAACCUAUGGAUAUGGUGCACUACGCUGUCAUUGGACGAGGAGAUAUUAUUGUUGCGAAGACUGUUGAGCUGAGCCCGGCGCGCCGCAGCGUGGACGUGUCGGUCCCGGUGACGUCACGCAUGUCCCCGGGCUGCGUGCUGGUGGCCUGGUACCCGCGCCUCGACGUCAAUAACUUGCUCGCCGCCGCUGUAUACGCACCGCAUGGCAACUUGCUGCAGAAUGAUAUCUCAAUAGCUCCUGUAUCAAGCAGUGGCGCGGGCGCUCGUCCCAACACUUUAGUAGAACUACGCGUGGCAGGCGACGCAGGCGCAUACGUGGCUCUGUUGGCUGAAGACACCAAAGCUAUACAAGCCGGACUCGCCAGCCAAAAUGGACUCGGAAAUGGACUUGAUAUGCACAUUGUCGAACGUGAAGUUGAAAGCUUUAAUGGUCUAUCACACUCGAUAUUCAGGAAUGAAGACCAUCUCCCCGGGAUGGGCUUGGAUCUCGGUGGCUACACUGCUUCCGAUGUUUUCAAGAACGCAGGCGUUGUUAUACUGACUGACGGUGUGGUAGUCAAGAGUAAUUUAGAUGAUUCAGCUCCAACUCAAGCUGUAGUAGAGACAGGCACUCGUGCUCCGCAGGCAGGUCCGUACGCCUUCAGUCGCCUGCCGCCGCCGCCAUCUCCUCGAUACUACCUCACUGUCACUCCACAACCCACGUGGAUGCUGGCCAACCUUACUAUCGGUAACGACGGACAAGGAGCUAAAGAACGUUGGACAGCAGUGAGUCCUGGUGAAUUCUCAAUCGGAGCCUUCUCAGUCCACCCGACCCUUGGCCUUGGAUUGGCUUCUCCACAGAAGUUCACCACCUCCGUACCUCUAUCGAUGUCUGCAGAGCUCCCUGCUACAUUACAACGAGGAGAAACUGUAGCUGCAGUGAUUAUCUUGAAGACUACUUUGGCAGUCGACACGUCUGUCGAGGUCACAUUCUACAACAGCGACCAAUACUUCGAAUUCGAACCUCUCGAUAACGAACUCGAUUCAGCGAAAAAGAUCGAAUUAUUCCGUCGCGUCCGCGUGACGGUCCCUGCGCGUGGCUCUGUGAGCACUGCCUUCCUAGUGACAGUAGUGCGCAGUGGAGAUGCUCCAGUCAUCGUAGAAGCUAGCGGUAAUGGCGUCUCCGACUCACUCUUCAGGACUAUUCAAGUCAAGGAUGGUUACGAAGAAGAUUUAUUCUCGUGGAGUUUACUGGACGCUCGUCGCGGAGUGGCUCGAGCUAACGUAACGCUUGAAGUACCACCAGGUAUUAAGGCAGGUCCUACAUCGCUCCUAGUUACUGGCGACCUGCUCUCUGGAGCCCUACAGGCUGUCAGGGAGCCUCCAGCUCCUGCUGCAGAUCCCACCUAUGCAGUGAGACCAUUAGCAUUAGCUUGCGUACUACUGGACUAUUUACAGGCUUCUGGACAAGAAGAAGUAGCUACAACUAAAGAAGCAAAGGAACUGGCAGCUAUUGGUUACCAACGUCUAAUGGCGUAUCGACGUUCUGAUGGCUCUUUUGCAGCCGAACUUGAUGCUGACGUCGAGGGAGAUGUUUGGAUGACGGCAGUAGCAUGUCGCUGGUUGUCUCGUUGCUCGCGCUACGUGCAGGUGGAGGCCAGCGCGGCGCGGGCCGCCGCGGCCUGGCUGGCGGCCGCGCAGCGCCCCGCGGGGGACUGGCGCGCUCCCAGCACUACCACGUCGCCACAUGCACAGGGUACACUGCCCCUUGCAGCGUACUCGCUUAUAGCUCUUCACUAUUCUAAGGGCAGUGAUGUCUUAUACAAGAACAACAUCAACAAGGCAGUGGACUUCGUAGCCCGAGGACUAUCACCAGACUUGGACGCGUAUACCCUGGCCCUCAUCGGGGGAGCUCUGUCCGUCACCAGACACCCACAACUCACGCAAACUUUAGAAAUUAUGGACAAAUACGCGAAUACGACUGGUUCAACCCUAUUCUGGUCAAGAACGCUAUCAGGAAAUGAGUGGCGGAAUCCCUGGCUGAAGGGCAACAGCUUAGAAGCUACGACAGCGGCUUGGGGCCUGCGUGCUAUGUUGGGAGCUCGGCUGGUAGAAGAAGCUACUCCAGUUGUUAGGUAUCUGCUGCAAGCAUACCUUCCGCAUGACCCUGAUCCCGAAGUGAUGGAUGCACUGGCACAGUAUGCAGAAGUGGCGAAGACAUCAUCAAAGCUCCGAGUGUCGGUGAACGUCACUGGAUCUGAAGAAGCGAGACAGUUCCAAAUUGCUGAAAACAAUGCUCUGGUCAUUCAGUCAAAACCGAUCCGCACCAGUCGGUCUGUAAGCGCAGUGACAGAAGGUCGUGGUCUUGGUCUUAUCGGCCUGUCUGCUCGAGGAGCCACCAAUGUCACAGCACCUUGGCCGCGGUAUACUCUGGACCCCAGAGUAGACCAAGUCUCUACUAAAGACCGUUUACAACUCUCCGUGUGCUUUGGAUUCGUAGCACAAGGCAAUGAAACAGAGAGUGGUCUAACGUUACUGACUGUCCAACUUCCGUCGGGAUAUGUAGCAGAUAUUACCACAUUGACCGAAUUGACGUCAGUGCGUCACGUAGUAUGGGCGCGUGUAUCUGGCGCGGGCACGCGCGUGCUGGCCGCGGUGCGCGCCGCGCGGGCCGAGCGCUGCGCCACGCUGGCCGCGCCGCGGGCCCUACCUGUAGCCAGGCAACGACCCGCCUGGGCCACGUUACAGGAUCUCUACGACUCAAGUCACCGAGCACGUGUGUUCUUCUCCCCGGCCGCAGCGAGUGCGUGCGACGUGUGUCGCGCGUGGGCGUCGUGCGGCCGGGCGUGCGGCGCGCCCGCGCAGCAGGUGGGCGGCGACGCGCGGGACACGCAGGCGCGCGCCGCGCCCGACGCCGCGCACGCGCACGCACUGGCCCCCGCCGCCGUACUGCUGGCCGCCGCACUACUACUCCUAUAG